AUGAAACAACGUCACGUUUCUACUUUACUGGCCGCUCUGGCCAGCCUCUCCUGCACAGAUGCCAUUAUUACCACCCGCUAUGGCCAGUACCCCGACAAUUGCCCGAGCCAGUGCGCUCAGGUCGGGAGCAAUCCUGUAAACUGGACCAGCCUACAUCAUGUAGAGGAUCUCUCGAAAUGCGAUGAGCGCAUGCUGUUCACCUUUAACAUGCAAAAUAUACUCACUGAUCCGGAGACCCAAGUGUCACUACGAGCAUGCUCCUACUCCAGGGAUGCUGAUGGCCUCUCUGGUACUUCCACCUCCCAGCGCAGGGAGGUUGCGGAAGAUGUAGCCACUAUUGAGCGCGCAAUCACCACUUCCAAAGACUGUGGUGCAUCUACCGAGAAGAGACAGGCGACUCCGAAGGUCGGAUCGCUGGUUCAUGCUACUGGCAACCUCGCCGAUGAAGUUCAAGAUGCCGCGGAAACACUGGGUGCGUAUCUGGACGCUGGUGCAGAAUGUGGCACCACAAUCAUGUUCGUCAAGAGUGGCGAGGCAGUGGUUGGGCUGUACUCCGGCGGUCAGGUGCUAAAGCAAAGUGCCGCAGGGCUUGUGGGCACAUUCCAAGACCAUGCCGUCAAUGGUAGUCAAGCGUUGGAGUUCUGUGAUAGCGACACGGCGGCUGAGACAUUCGGCAUGUAUGCGGGCGCAUUGUCCGAUCUCAGUGAAAUCAAAGACGCUGUGAGGACCCGAGCGAACGCGGAGUGUCUGUCUGACGAUGACUUGACUGUCGUUGAGGAUGUCGAGGUUAGCUUCCUGGUGUCCUCGACCUCCUCCACAAGUGCCGCUACAUCCUCUCAGUCUUUGGAAUUGGACACCCGAGCUACCUACUGUCGAGAUAUUCAAGUGGUCGCCGGCGACACUUGCCCGUCGCUCGCGACUCGCUGCGGCAUCACUCUCGCGGACUUCAACAAGUAUAAUAGCGCCGACACCACCUUCUGCAACAAUCUCAAAGUCAAGCAAUAUGUAUACUGUUCUACAGGUACCCUGCAGGACCACCGUCCGCAGCCAGAUGCCAAUGGCAACUGCUACACCUACACCACCAAAGCAGAAGAUGGGUCUUGGGCGAUCGGGGAUGUCUUCAGGAUCACCGAGGCCGAUAUUGAGAAAUACAACAAGAAGACCUGGGGCUGGGCAGGAUGCGGUAGUCGCAUGGGCGUUGGCCAGGUCAUUUGCCUGGCACCGUCAAGCCCGCCGCGGAAACCGACGGACAGCGGUGCGCCUGGAACCGCCAAGCCCAAUACCAAUGGGUGCAUCUCCAACUGCGGGACGGACAUCACCAACAACGAGGCGGUGCCGUCCCAGUUCCGCAAGGUGGGCUACUUUGAAGCCUGGAACUCCGAGCGGUCAAGUUCGAACAUGGAUAUCACUAUCAUGCCCACCGGCGCCUUGACGCACAUUCACUUCGCGUUUGCGACGGUCACGGAGGACUUCGACGUGUCGGUGGAGGCAAUCGUCUCGUUUGGUGGAUGGGGUUUCUCGACCGGCGAGAACACCUUCCAGCUGUUCCGCGAUUUCAACAACGCAGCCAACCGGGAUACGUUUGCCACAAAUGCAGUGGCCUUCCUGAAAGACAACGGACUGGACGGGCUGGACUUUGACUGGGAGUAUCCGGGCGCCCCUGGUAUUCCCGGCGUGCCUCCUGGCAGCCUGGCCGAGGCCAACAACGACUUGGAAUUUCUGAACACACUCAAGGCAAAGAUGCCUGCCGGCAAGUCGAUCUCGUACUUUGUGGAUUACUUCGUCUACAUGACCUAUGACCUCCACGGUCAGUGGGAUGUCGACAAUGAGAACGUGUCGCCGGGCUGCAAGGGAGGCAACUGUCUUCGCUCGCAUGUCAAUAUCACCGAAACCACGACUUCCUUGUCUAUGAUCACCAAGGCGGGGGUUGCCACCAACAAGGUGUUGGCGGGAAUCACUAGCUAUGGCCGAAGCUUCCGGAUGUCGUCCUACAGCUGCACUGGUCCCCUGUGCACGUUCACUGGCGCCCGCAACCACUCCGGUGCGUAUAAGGGCAGAUGCACCGAUACCGCUGGGUAUAUCUCCCACGCGGAGUUGCAGGAGAUCAUCAAUGGCAAGUCGGACUAUAGCCUCGUGAAAAGCAGCUAUGAUGCGGGCUCGGACUCCAAUAUCCUCGUCUACGGUACUACGGACAAAGCCGACCGGGUGGCUUUUAUGGACUCGACCACCAAGGUCAGCCGCAGCGGAUGGGUUCAGAAUCUGAACUUUGGCGGGACGACCGACUGGGCUGUGGAUCUCAUGGAUUUCGUGGACGGCGACGGGGCUGACGACGGAGGCGACGAUGGGGACGACAACUGCAGCGCCGAUGAUAAGACCUACAGCAGCGAAGACGUUGAUGAGGGCAGCUACUAUCGAUGGGCGCUAUUUGACCCAGAAAAUGCGGCAGCCUCGUUGAAGCAGUAUAUCACUAUCGUCAACCUGACGCCCCAUCGCUUUAAACUCACAUCCACCCAUUUGUAUCAGAUAAACACGUUCGACUUCGACGAUAUCGCAUCGGGUCGUGCUCGUCAGAAUAUCGCCGACUACGACGGCUCCGAUACCCCCGUGGAUGACAACGGAGAAGCCUAUUACAGCAUUGAAGGCACCGACAAGACAUUUGUGGUCCGAGCCACCAACCACAUCCCUGAUGAUAACCCUCGGCGGACCAUUUUCGACCUGUCUGGAAUGGGCAUGGGUCAGCGCGAAUAUAAGGACCCCGAUGGAGAGUCCCCAGUCACACUCGUCAUCACCGGCAGUAACGACUACGGGUUUAUCGCAUCGCUCACCCACGGCCCGGGCAAUUGGAUGAAGAGCAUCUACGAUGUGAUCAAGGAUCGCCCGAUCCGCCACCUGGUCAUGCCCGGCACCCACGACUCCGGCAUGAGCACCAUCUCCGGCCACCUUCUCUCUGGAGGCUCCAAGGACAAUACCCAGACCCAGGCUCUCGAUAUCUACGACCAGCUUCGCGUGGGUGCCCGAUGGUUCGAUCUGCGCAUUGCAAGUAUCCACCAGACCACCCCCAACGAGGAUGACUACGGGUUCUGGGUCACGCACGUCAACGACGAAACCGCCGAAGUUGCCAUCGGAAACACCGGCGAAGGCCUAGAAGACGUCAUCGACGAGAUCAAUAAGUUCACCGACGAAAACCCCGGCGAGAUCAUCUUCUUCCGCGUCAAGUAUCUGAUCGGCAUCCGCAAAGUGCCCAGCCUGGGCCCCAUCUACUGGACACAGGACAUCGUCGACGACUUCUUCGGCCGUCUCAAGACCGUCAACAACCGCUGCGGCGGGCUGUCCAGCACCCCCUUCCAGAACCAGAAGGCCUCGUACUUCAUGGACCAGAAUGACGGGGCCGGCUGCGUGCUCUUCCUCCUUGACGGCCAUCUCGGCGGCGUGGACACGGCCACCGCUCCGGCUGACGGUAUCUAUUCCGCCUCCCACAUGGGCUUCUGGGAUAACUGGUCCGAGAAGGAAGACACAGAGGACUUGGCCGAACACCAAGUCGCAAGCUGGAACACGUUGGACCGGAGCUCCGGCUCCAAUAGCGACACCUUCUACAUCGCCCAGUGGAUGGUGACCCCCAGUCUCAACGAUGCCAUGAUGUACGGGCUGGAAUCCAUCGCUGUCGUGCCCACCAACCCGGCUCUGUACUGGAUGGGCGUCGAGCAUAUGAGCCCCAGCAAAUGGCUCAACGUCUUGAUGGUCGAUUACAUUGGCGUGAUCAUCCAGAACGAACAUGAUUGGAACCAGCUGGGUGCCGAGCCCAAGGGGAGGUCCCCGCUGUUGCCGUCGGCGUCCUCGCGCAUGGUGCCCAUGGCCGUGUCCGCGGCGCCGGCCCCUUGGAACGGAAUCAUCUUCGCCAAUGGUACUAAGAUGGAUUACCCUCCUGCGGAUUUGCAUGUUGGGCGGGUGGAGGUGCUGAAGAACGGCACGGUAUUUGGUAAUGGAACGGUUUUGAUGACGGAUGUGCCGAACCCAGACUUUAAUUCCACGUCAGGGUGA